CACGAUCCCCAGCCUCCUCUAAUUAUCUAAUCCAGUUUAUUCCCAAGUUAGUUAAUCUUAUUCUCAACUUGCUAUCACCGAAGAAAAGAAAUGCUUCUUGGAAUCCUCCUCUGUAUAGCUUUCUCUCACCUUAUUCUUCCUCGUGCGGGCGCCGCCGCCGCCGCCGCCGCCAAUUGCAGGCGCACCUGCGGCUCCUCCACCGUCCCCUAUCCGUUCGGCUUCUCCGCGGGAUGCGGCAUCCGCCUAACCUGCAACUCCACCAAUUCUAUCCUGGUGGCCGAGACUUAUCCCGUCUGGAACAUCACCCCGGAUAGCCUGCUCCUGGACGUGGCCCCCUCGUGCGACCGCCCCGUCCGCGCCGCCAUCGGAGUCCUCUUCGGGCCCAACUACGCCAUGACGUGGAGGAACGGGCUGUUCCUGCGCAACUGCACCGCGACGGCCGCGGCGUCGCGGUGCCUCCUCCCGACCUCGCUGGCGACGCAGAUAUCCCAGCGGAAGGACCUCGCGAGCUGCGGCGAGAAGGGGGACAACAUCACCUGCUACUCCAGCGGCCGCACCGACGGGUUCUUGUCCCCCGGUAACGCCACCGCCAGCGGCUGCGGCUACGUGUUCACGUCGGUGCUGUACUCGCCGGGCGGCGGGGACGAGGGGGCGCAGAUGCCCGCGAUCGUGUUCGGCGCCGCCGAGCUCGGGUGGUGGCUCAAUGGCCCCUGCCGCUGCUCCGCCAACGCCACGUGCGCGCCCGUGGCGGUCCCGGGCAAUGCCACGGGGUUCAGAUGCAGCUGCGACGCAGGGUUCGUCGGCGACGGGUUCGCCGACGGCGACGGUUGCGUCAGAGCGGCUGGGAGAUGCGGUGCUUCAAACAGGAAGAAAUUCGGCGAUUGCGGUGGCCGUGCGAAGGUUGGCCUUCUCAUUGGAGGGAUCGUAGCCGGAGCUUCUCUGCUGCUGGGCCUGCUUCUUCUGCUGUGCAGCGCCGCUCGCCGGCGCAAAUGGGCGGCCUCCUCGGAGCAGACGAAGCACCUGCUGCGCCUGUCGGAGGCGGCGUCGUGCCCCGUCCCGGUCUACUCGUACAAGGACAUGGAGCGCGCCACCAACGCCUUCUCCGACGCCUACAAGCUGGGCACGGGCGCCUACGCCACCGUGUACGUGGGCAAGCUCCCCGAGGGGCUCGUGGCCGUGAAGCGCAUCCGCUGCGGCGACCCCAGCUCCCGGUCCUCCUCCGCCAUGAACGAGAUCCGGCUCAUCUCCUGCGUGCGCCACCCGAACCUCGUGCGCCUGCUCGGCUGCUGCGUCGACCGCGGGGAGCAGAUCCUCGUCUACGAGUUCGUCCCGAACGGCACCCUCGCGCAGCACCUGCGCCGCGGCGGCGGCGUAGGGGGAGGGCUCCCCUGGCGGGCGCGCCUGGGCAUCGCCGCGGAGGCGGCGCGCGCGGUGGCGUACCUGCACACGGCGCUGCAGCCGCCCAUCUACCACCGCGACAUCAAGUCGACGAACAUCCUGCUGGACCGCGAGCUGCGGCCGAAGAUCGCGGACUUCGGGCUGUCGCGGGCGGGCGUGGCGGCGGAGUCGUCGCACGUGUCGACGGCGCCGCAGGGGACGCCGGGGUACCUGGACCCGCAGUACCACCAGGACUUCCACCUCACGGACAAGAGCGACGUGUACAGCUUCGGGGUGGUGCUGGUCGAGAUGCUGACGGCCUUGAAGGUGGUCGACUUCGAGAGGCCGCCCACCGAGGUCAACCUGCCGCCUCCGCCGGCCGACGCCGACGCCGCCGACGAGGGGGAGGGAGAGGGGGAGUGGGUCAUGGACUCCGUACGCAGGGUGGCGGAGCUGGCGUUCCGGUGUCUCGCUUUUCACAAGGACGUGAGGCCCUGCAUGACGGAGGUGGCCGAGGAGCUGGAGCGGAUCAGGCUUAGCGCGCCCCCGCCCCCGCCCCCGCCCGCGCCCGCAUCGGAGGAGGAGGAGGAAGAAGAGGAUGUUGUAGAGGUGUUGGGCUCGGGCUCGGAAGCGGUUGAGAAGUUGGAGGGGAAGAGGAGGAGGAGGAGGAGGAGGAGCCGGGGUGUGAGAUUGGAGGAGAAGGCGAGAGUGGAUUCGCCGGUUUCGGUGCAGGAGGUGUUGUGGGUCAGCGAGCACAGCUCCUCUCCCUCCACCAAUGGAUCCAUGCCGCGUUUCGUGCUGUGAAAAGACAAAAAAAAAAAAAAUUAUAAUCUCUCAACACUACCCCUGCGGUCGGUCGCAAUUCUCUAUUUUCGAAUAUGCAAAGUUGAUAUAUUAUGGCUCCAUUUUCUGUUUUUUCGUUUUUUUAAUGAUUUUGAGCGAUCAAAAACGGGGAAGUUGCCGAGUAUCUAUUUGACCGUGUUGCAAGCGAUUUUAUUUCUUUCUUUCUAAUUUUUAAGUGUCGGAUGUAGCAUCUAAAAUAUUAUAACCUACACUAACAUUUCUUUCUUAUCGUCUUGAUUUUAAAUGAUUUUGAGUGAGAAGUGCAAGCAUUAAUUUUU